AACUUCACAGUCAUCUUCCUCUCCAUUCACACUCCAAACCUUUCUCCUCAGCGCCUUCAUCCACCACAUUCUUCCAUCAUCAACACCUUUGGGCCUUCUAUUACUCUCGUCGUUGUGAAUCAUCGCUGUUCCCGUGCUGUCCCUUCUCUUCCCCUCUUUUACAAGGACAAACCCUAAUCCUCCUUCAGCGACUUUUUCUUCCCUUCAAAUCUAACACCGAUGCAGUUACCCCGUACCAGUGAGCUCCAAUUGCAAACUACACACAGAAAUUUAUGCUCAAUUACCCUCCCACAAAACUCUAGCACAAUAGUCAUGGAUCUGGAGGAUCAGGACCUUUUGUUGGAAGAUGAUGAGGUGGAACAAGACUACACCUACUUUCUUCGUCAAUAUUUGGAAGAGGAAGACCGCCUCGAGGAUGACGAUGGUGAUGGUGUUGUUCACUUAGCUGAACCAUCUUUGCACACAUAUCUCGGUGAAAUUGAAGACACUCGCCACAGAACAGCUUUCUUGGAUGGUAAUUCUGUUGUGAACCUUUCCCGGUUUCGCCUUCAAGGUAUAUCAUUAUUAUCUGUGUUUAUGCUGCUUCUGCUCUUCAUUGUUGUACACAAUCAAGGCAUUUAUAUAUUGAUACUGCACGAAGAUUUGAAAGCUCUAGCACAAUGGUUCUCUCCUGAAUGGAGUGCAGGUGACAGCACAAAAUCCUGAGAAAGGUGGAACAUUUGUGACUAAUAGAGAGCGAGUAUGUCAUAUAAAGGUUAUAGUCUAUAGUUGAGGCUUUAGAAUUUUCCUUGCAUUUUGUUUGGUUUCACAGAUGCUGUGAAACAAUUAGCUGCUGUUAUUUGUUGGCAGUCAUUUUGGUGCUAAUGAUUUUUUAUUUUAUCUUGAGAUUAUGUUUAGGUGAUGAACUUAAUUCCAGGGAGAGGUGAGAAAGUAUUUAAAAAAUUGGAAUAGUUUCUCUAGUUAAAAUUUAGGUGUUUGCUACUCUGUUGAUUGAAUCAGUGCUUGUAUGAAUGCUUACCAUGGUCAUCUUCAAUAAAAUUUAGGCCCUGUCUACAAGUAAGACAUUUUUACCAUGGUCAUCUUCAAUAAAUGCUUGUAUGGGUUCACAGACUAUAUUCUCUUGCUCAUUGUUGUCUCCUUUUUUCCCCUCUUAAAAUGUUUGAUAUUUAACACUGUGCUAACUAAUUUUAAUUAUUUAAGCGUAUACUUAAGUAG